AUGACGUCGUUUCCCCCCCUUCGCCUUCCAUCCCCUCCUCUCACCCAACCACUCGACUACCUCUCUCUCCCUCCCAACUCAUUCGUCAUCCCACUCACCCAAGGCAUCAAUAUGUCCGGUGAUACCGCCCGGGCCAAGUUCUACGAGGAAUGUAAGGACAUCCAUCUGACGAGGCAUGUGGAUCGCCGGACCUCCAUCUCGGCCGAGACCGUGGGGUUGUCUGGUAGCUCCCUCUCCGACUGGAACCGCGUUGAGAAAGCUCUGAGCAGCUACUCAUACUCAUCCAUCGUCCCUGAGGAUGGUGGUCCUUCCCAGUACGAAUCCGCCUUCUACUACUACGGAACCGGCCCCGACCCUGCCCCACUCGUAUACCGCAGCGAUUCCGCGGAAACGCCUUUCAAAAAACCAACUGGGAUGGAGGCGUAUCCGGUAGAAAAGGAGCUACAUGGAGUCUUCAACCACCCGAUUGUCGACCUCUGGAAUAACAAGGGCCUUGCAAAUAAGGUUCGAGAUUUGAUCACGUCCGACCACCCCAACGUACACUGGACAUCCAUCGACGGUGUCCGUUUUGGCACCAGGCAGCCCAACGGAACGCUCAAGAUGACCGGCCCUGUCGUCUGGAUUGCUGUUAAGCCCGGUUCGACGACAUUCCAAGCCGCGAAGCUCAUGGGCGACACCGUCAUCGCCAUGUUGCGUAGCAAUGAGGAUCUCGCCGAUGUCAAGGUCGAAGUCCGUGAAUCGUUUACCCGGAACGCAGCCGCCCUUUUUGCGCCCAACAACGACGACGCUGCUGCCAUCAUCCGCGGCCCUCUUAGCACCGGUCUUGGAGUGUCGAUUGCCACGCUCGAAGGGAACAACCAGCAGCAGGGCACCGGCACCAUUUUCGGCGUCGUGAACGGCAAGGCAGUCAUGCUGACCUGCCACCACGUCGCUUGUCAUAUGGACCAGGAUGCAGCGACAGACACCCUCGACUACACAUUCCGUGGGGCCGGCAUGCCUCCUCAGGCUGUCUACUGCCAGGGCGAGCGAGCAUUCGCAGAACAUCUCGAGGCCGUGCAGGCCAGGAUUGGCGAGCAAGUCAUGAUGCGGGAGUUCUACGAGGACAAAAUUCGUCGCUUCCAGGAGAGGCCUGAUGACCUGCAGGAGGCAAAUCGAGACUUGGACAAAACGAAGGAUCGAAUCACGAAGAUGGAGACGGCCUUCCACGAGAUCAAGAGGGACUUCAAGUCGCCCAGCCAGCGCGAGAUUGGCCACCUUGUCCGCUCGCCACCUCUGCAGCUCGGUGUCGGACCAUACCAGAUCACCGAAGACUGGGCUCUGGUCGAGCUCAAGAAGGAGAUGGUCCAGAACUUCGGUGGCAAUUUCAUUGAUCUCGGUCCUGAUAUUGCGCCCUACGACCUCAUCAGGAUGAUGUACCCGAUCCCGGGACGCCAGACAUCCUUCAAAUUCCCCGACACCCGUCUUCUCCGGGUAUUUAGCGAAGUGCCCAUGGAGGAAUUGAAUCAUCCCGAGCUCGAGGACCAAGACGGCAACCCCGCCAGGAUGGUCCUCAAGCAGGGUAAAACUACCCGCCUCACCGUUGGACGCCAGACGCCCAUGAUGUCCGUGGUUCGCGCCGGCGCGGCUUCGGGACAGUCGACCAUGGAAGUCGCCAUUCUCAGCCGCAACAGGGCUGCAGGUCCCUUCUCCGCCAAGGGUGACUCGGGCUCCCUUGUUGUCGAUGGCAAGGGAAGGAAGAUCGGCAUACUCACGGGCGGCACCAGCUUGGGCCCCUGCUUCGAUAUCACCUAUGUCUCCCCAUGGGACGCUCUCAAGGCCCUCAUCGAGGAGAAGUGCCCCGGCAUCAACUGGAACCCCGCCGCCGCCGACUUCCAGAUCAACUAAACGCGGCGGACGACAGACUGUUGCUGCGGAAGGAGCCAUGCUCUGCAGGUUCAGCUUGUUCUGCCAUUCUCCGCAUCCAACGAUUUGCUGAAUCGUCGGACGUCUGCAAGGUGGUAUUCACACCCCGAGUUUUUUUGCAGGCUUGGUGGUCUCUCACUGCUGUCUGCCCAUUGAUCCUGUGCCCGCCUCUUGUGCCUUUUUCUCUUUUGAAUUUGACACCCAUUUUGGGUCUGUUUGUUUUCAUCGCGCCUUGACAGUAUCUUUGCCUGCUUCAGUCUGAGUAGUUAGCUAGCUACUACUUUCGCCUGUUUCAGUUCAAGUACGAUACGACUUAGAUAGCGCCAUAUAUAAAUUGAGACAUCUCCGCUCACACCUCAUGCGGCCUCGACAAGCCCACGCCCACACAAACUCACGACCACCAUCUUCAGGGACGAUGGAUGAGUACCGCAUUAUCUGGGCAUAUCCGGAACCGCGCUAGCGGGACCUAGGCUAUAUGAGGAGAAGUAAACUGGUUUGCUACUUGGUUGUACGGCACACCAUCGAUAUAGGGCAAGCUAGAACAAUCUCUAAUAUAACGUCAUUAUCACUGGGAAUUGUUGUUUGCAUCAUGAUUCUGUAAGAGUGAGGAGGAUUUAAAUGGUGAUCAUAUCCACAGCUAUGCGGGGGAGUGGCCUUGUUGUUAGAAAAAUAAUGGAUUUAGAGCUAUUGUUAAAUCCGAUAACGGCAGAACCACAAUAUCCUGCAGAGGAAUGGGUGACGGCCUCCGCAAUCCAGAGCCGAGAUUCCUCCAGCUCAAACCAAAAACGGCCAGGAAGGACCGUGAAACCGAUUGUCACGAAGGUGGCUUGGCAAGGAAAAGGUUUUCACAUGACACAUGAUUAUGAGUCAUAGGUAUGUUAUUGUUUCACGCAUAUGACUCAUUUGGGUCAUAUGAUUUGUUUAUUGUAUUAUGAUUGGUUUUUAUGAGUUUUCGCACAUGACCUUGCUACAAGGUCAUGGGUUUGGUGCAUGUGACUACUUUGGUCAUAUGACUAGUUUGUUAUGAUUUAGUUUUGUGCAUGUGACCACUUGGGGUCACAUGACUUAGGGUGGGAAGAGUACUAUAUAAGGAGACUGGUAGGGCUGAGAAGGAUAGGUUCUUCAUGCUUUG